CCAGUCUGCGAUAAUGAGUGCCCUCGCGCCAUGCUGAAGGCGGCUGCGAGGCGCAAGCCGGGCCCGCAGGAGGGCAUAGACCACCUGUUCCUCCUGCCAGAGAGGGCGCUCGCCAUGGACAGUGGCCGUCUGCAACAGGACUUGGCGGGGCUCGACUUCAGCGUGCGCGUGCUGCACUCGGCGCCCCAGGGUAACGUCUGGCUCUCUGGUGCUGCACCAGUGGACGGUGAGCAGGGGCGACACUCUUCCCGAAACGCACCUGCAGUCAAAGGACAAUCUGGUACACUUCACUGGUUUGCAUACGUUGGACAAGAGCCCGAUUUACUUCAGAAUGAAAGUGUUAGCGAAGCAGGAAAGGAUGCUGUGACACGAGACAGGGAAGAGCGGCUACGUUUGCUAAAGGAACGCCAAAAUGAAGAACGGCAAAGGAAGUUAGAGGAAUUGAAGCAGCAGGCUCUUGCUGCCCAGAAGUUUCGUGAACAGAAGGAGGAGGAGCGACGACGGCGCAUUGAAGAGCUCAGGCAACGGGACAAUGAUCGACGACUGCAGGUGGAAGAACGCAAGCGACAAAUAUACGAAGCUGAGCGGGACCGUAGGGAAGCCAUAUUGCGAAAAAAUCAGGAACGUGAAGCUCGCAUAGACUCGAAGAGGAAAAAUGAACGAAGUUCUGCAGUAUUUGCUUUUGGUAGUUCAACACCACGAAUGCUGGAACCAGCCGACACCGGUGGUUCAUUUUGGGGUACAAGGAGGGCAACUUCAACAAGUAAUGUAAUGAUGUUCACGGCUACUCCACUCACUCGACGUUCAUCUGAGCGAGAAUUAGAUGGAACUGGCAAGAAGAGAGCAACAUCUGCCAGUGGCCUAGACCGAAAGCCAGGUGAAGAUAUGAAAAUGUCCACUUCAAUGUACGAAGUUUUCCACUGGAAUGAAUCUCCUCAACCUGUGGGUACUGCCACUCAUCGUGCCCAAAGCAUUUCUGGUGUUUAUAGCUCUGAUUUAGGGGCUCCUCCCCAGAAAAAACUUGAUUUAGACUCUACUUUGUCAGUGAAAAAAGAUGGAAGUAGCUUUUCAAGUGCCCCCCAAACACCCUCCUCUAAUAUUGCCAGUAUUUUCAGCGGCUCCGCUGGUGGUGAAGAAGCAGAUGGACAGCAGCAGAAUGCAGCGCAGACCAUUGUACGAGUUAAUCGACGCAAGACAGAUCUCAUGCCAACGAUACCAUCACCUCGUGAUACAACACCCAGCUCCAGCAGUCGGCGGGCACCGAGCCGCUCGCCAGGUAGGGCGCUGUCGAUGUCUCGUCUGGAUGUGCUGUCUCAGCCUCGAUUCCCUCGGCGCCAGGUGGCUGUUCCUACACCUGCCCCACGACAGCGCCUGGCAUUGGGGUCCUCCCAAAGCAUGUCACGUAGCACAGGCCAUCUGGCAGCAGUAGGAGCAGACAGUCAGCUACGGCGCAUGGAUGCUGCACGAAGCAUGUCACACUUAUGUGGAAAUGCACCUCCCGUGCCUCCUCCCCGUACAACACGGGCAGAAAGGUUGCGCCAACAAGCAGCAGGACUGCGUUCUGGUGAAGUAACUCCAUCAAGACCAGUGAGUGCCCUGAGCCAACAUAGCGUAAACAGCGUAGGAUCAGGGACAAGCCUGCGGACACGUCCAUCAACUGCCCCACGCCGUCCUCGUCCCUUCAGUAUUGCAGUUACUGGUGUCAGCCAUGAGCCAGCACAGAAGCAUGGUGCUUCUGGAGAACAAAAAUCUUCAAAGCUGCAGAGCCCAGGUGGUGAGAAGGAAGUAUCUAAGCCUCCAAUACCAAGAGUUCAUGGUACGAAGAAACCAACAAAACCAGAAAACUUACCAAAGAAACCUACUGAAAAGAUAACAAAGGUAUCAAAGGCAUCACCAAAAAUAACUCCCAAGGGUACUCCUCUACAGUCUCCAGGCUCUGAAGGUACACCAUUACUACCACAAGGACAGGAAGUUUCGGAGGCAGAGAAGGAUAAAAUAAUUUCAAAAGAAAACAGUAAGGCUGAAGGCACUGAGAGCACAGGGUCAGAUGUAGUAGCAGUUGUACCUACAACAGAACCCGGAGAAUUUCCAGAAAAGACAAAUGAAAUUGUAAAAGAACCAGUUGAAUCAAAGGAGACUGAAAAAGAUAUAUCUGAACUCAGUGAUUUAAAAGAGGGGCCAUCUUCAAAGGAACUAAUAGAGCCCAGUGAUCAGCAGGAGGAGAUAAAGAAAUCAGUUGAAUCAAGUGAGAUAAAGAAAGAAGUAACUGAUUUGAAUGAAGGAAAUAAAAAACCAUUAGAACUGAAAGAAGAAAAAUCUGCCCCCCAAAUUACUGGCGAUAUUAAAUCAGAUGCACUUGAGGCAGGACAAGUAGUUACUGGUGAAGAAAUGCAAGAAGUUAAGGGCAUAGAUACUUCCACUGCUCAGGUGUCUGAAACUGAAGCGGAGAUGACAGCUUCCAUGAUAGCCAAAACGCGAAUAACUACAGAAGAAGAAGCGAAGGCAGCACUGGCUGAGAGGAGACGUCUAGCUCGGGAACAAGCAGAGAGGGAAGCAGAGCUUGAGAGGCAAAGAUUGGAAGAAGAGCGUCGGAAAGAGGAGGAACGUAUACGGUUAGAAGAAGAAGAACAGCGUCGCUUUGAAGAGGAACAGCUGCGCCUUGUGGAGGAAGCACGAAAAGCUGAGGAGCAAAGACUCUUGCUAGCUAUCCAGGAAAAUGAAAGACGGGAGAGGGAAGAAAAAAAGAAAAGGGAGGAGGAAAUGAAGGCCAAAGCAGAAAAAGAAGAAGCAGAGAGAAAAGCCCGAGAGGAAGCAGAAAGGUUGCGUAAAGAGAUGGAUGAACGACUAAAGAAGGAAGAAGAGGAGCGCAUUGCCCGUCGCAAACGUGUGGAAGCAAUCAUGUCACGCACUAGAGGGAAAGGUGCAACACCCACGAGCACUCCUGUUAAGGGCCAGCUUGAAGGUGAAAGUGGUGGUGAUGAAGAUGGAAAGGAUGUCAGUCCUACAGAAGAGAGAAAAAUUGUGCCUAGUGGAGAUGGUCACAUGGAUGUGGGGAAUAAGGAGUCUAUGGAGACAGAAAAGGGCACAGAUGUGGUUCCCAGCAGUGUUGUAGAAAAUGGGAAAACUGCUACUAGUGAACAAUUGUUAACUGAGAAUAGUAAUGUGAAAACAGCAGAAAUAAGUGGCAACCAUGUAAAUAGUAAUAACACUAAUCUUGAGCCUGUAACUCAGUUGCAGAACAGCAAUGGGCAUCGAAAUGGCACUGAGUACAGAGAACUGGAUUUUGGCAGUGUAGAUAAUGUGAAACAAAGUAAUACAUUAGAGAUCAGCACAAGCAAUACAACACAACAAGCCAUAGAUUCAACAGAGUUCGAACAAAUUUUGGAUUUAAACCGCAUUCAGGCUACAGGGAAGCUGGCAAAUGAAGAUAAUGUUAACUCAAAUAUCAUGACUAAUGGCCCCAAUGCUCCCAUUAUUGCUUUUCAGGACAAUCUGUCCAAGAAACAGGAUACAAAUUCUGUAACUGACCUGCUAUCAUAGUGCAUUCUACUACACAAUUCAAGAAGUGACAAAUGAAGAAAUUCCGUGCUUACUGCAUCAGAUACGAAUGUGUAAUGUAAAUAAAUUGAGAAAUUGUGUCUGGAUAAGACUGAUUCAAGACUGGAUGGUGAUCUUUAAGAGUGAGAAAAACCAUGUUAAUAUAAUGAUGUUACUGUUUAAUGAUAAUAUUAAUCAUAGUAAUAACAGAAGUGAUACUGCGCAACAUGUUAUGGAAGAAGACCUAUAUCAUACUCAGCUGCAUCACAUUUUAUUUUUUACCAACACAUCUUGUGAAUGUUUGAAUCUGUACUAAAAAGGAAAACAGAUAUAAAUGUGCACAAAAUUAAGAAGCUAUGACACUCUGAAAAUGCGCUUUGUGUAUAAUUAGAAAAUAAUUUUAAAAUGAAACCUGGUUUGUUGUCUGUAAAUCUAACUAUUGUAUACUGGUAAAGUCAAAAUAGCUUCAGAAAACUAGUAUGCUUCCACUUUUGUUAUUAUUUACUUACAAAAUUCUGCUGUGUGUGCAUUUUAUUUUAUUUUCAAGUUAUCAUUGGUGUAUUAUCUAAUUUAUAAUGUUGCAGUUGUUGUUUUGGAUGUAUCAUUUAAUAUUAAAACUCAUGAACAGUUUUAGUAAUAAAAUAUUUACUCCCUAGUCAGCCGAACAUAAGCACUGUGCAAUUUGUAAACCAAGGAUGUUGUAUAUGUUCUGAGUGAUGAGUUCACAUUUGUUGUUAAUAUUAUAAUUUUUCAAAACUGAGUCGUAUAAAUAAUAAUGAUGUUGGUGACAAUGGAAACAACAUACAUAGUAUUUUCCACAGUUGUUCAUUAUGCACUCAGUCAUUUAAUGUUACAAAACACAGUGAGAAUUUUACAUUAUAUGAGAAAACUAUCGCUCCCACUCCCCGUCAUUCAGUAUUAUGACGGUUUUGACUUUCCUGUUUAGCAAUAUUAAGUAAUUCAUUGACGAUAUUUUGCAGCUAUAUGUUUUACUUUGACAUCACAAUUGUAUCAGCAGUCGUAUUUGAACAAUUGUAAAAUUAUUGCUUAUUGUGCAAUGAAAAAGGGGCACAUUAACUAUUUCAAAUUAAGCGAAGAAAGAAUUUUCAACUCCAUGAAUUAAGUACAUGUUUUGUCUGUAUGCUAAAUUGUUGUGAAAGUAAUUCCACUUCAUAAUUUGUUUUAUUGGUAUCAAUAUUUCAGUUGUUAGUUAUGAAACUGAUUUUAAUGCAUGUAUUUAUUUACAAAAUUUUAAUCAGAUCGUUGUUCACUUUGGGGUAUUUGAUUGUAAAAUUUAUAUUUACUCAGUAACAAAUGAUAUGAGUCGCCUAAGAAUCUAUAUUUAAUGUUAUGAAAACUAAUAAAAUUGUGAGACAGACAUCAUAUAAUAGGUUUAUAAAAAAAAAUAAAUAUUUUUUGGAAAAUUUGUUCCUAGGCCCAAGUUGUAUACACUGUAACUAGGUUAACUAUUAAUUCCUCUAAACCACAUAACUGAAACAUUAAUUUUGUCUAAUCAUUGUGUAAUUUAACAUAUUUUUUUGUUUUAAACUUGCUAAGUUAUUGAAUUUCAUUUUUCACAGCUAUUUAAUUUCAACAAAAUUAGAUUUCAUAUAUUCACCACUUUAAAAUGUUUCUUGUAAUACUAAGCCACGUAAAUACAGACAUAUUUCAGUGAUGUUGUUGAAAUACUGGACCAUAUGCUGAUACUAAAACUCAACAGUAGGCAAUAUUUUGUUGCGGAAUAAUUGUGGAAACAAUUGAAUGGUAAAAGAAAUGGGUGCUGAAUAAUUGCAGCUCAGUAUGUUGUUACUCUAAAUGCAUUAACUGAAAUGUAUCAGUAUUCCCCCUCCAAUUUGCCAUUGAUUUUACAGCUUUUGGAAUUGCUGACUUUAAAAUAAAAAUUUUUGCCUACUCAAUAA